UGUCUCACAUGACUCAGCCAGGACUGAAUGGACAGGAAUAGAUGCAGCCAAGAGGGACAUCGGGCAAAGGACAGUACUGUAAUAUCUGGCUGCACUGACUCAUUUGAAAAUACUCUGACCAACAGUAAUAACCACCGUACAAUGACUGCUGCUAGGUCUUUGGUGCCUCUGAUGGUGGUGCUGGUGGCUGCAGUGGGUGAGGCCCGUGCACAGGACAGGAUUAAGAUUUGUGGGAGAGAUCUGAUACGUCUGGCUGUGACGUCCUGUGGCAACUCUCGGGUGAGGAGAAGCAUCCUGGACGCAGACCUGGCCCAGCGGCAAUACGCCUCUCACUGGGGCCAGGAUGCCUUCGCAGAGGAGCACCAGGCUACGGAGGCAGCCCCCAUCCCUCCAGAAUCCGACGGGGAGAAGGGUGUCUUCUCCUUGGCUCCUCACUGGUACACCCUGCCCUCUCGGAUUAGACGAGCUGCCGGAACGAUGUCUGAUAUCUGCUGCGAGAAGGGAUGCAGCAUGAAGGAGUUGAUCCAGUUUUGCUAGAUGUAGCAUCCUACUUGUCAUACAAUAAAUGACUGUUAAAAUGUCCCUUAAAAUGUUCUGAUCUGUGCUGCAACGUUGUUUAAGGGAGCCUUUGUUACUUAUUUUAUUUUAUAUUGUAUUUACCAAAACAAUAUACAUCAGUAGAAACAUGAUCAUAUUUAAUACAUUAUGCCAUACUGCAGGCUAACAUCACAGUGUUUGUUUAUAAAACAUUCAAAUUGAUAUAAUUUAUUCUCUGUAUCAUUGUAGAAGACGUUUA